UUAUUAUUUUUAUUUUCAGAAUAAAAUUAUUAAUCGGUUUUAAUUAUUAUUAUAUAUAAUAAAAAAAAAAUUGUCAAAGUCUCUUCCUCUGUCUUUCAAUUCCACCAUCGUCGUUUUCUGUCUCCAAAAGCAGUGCUGCUCUUCCCCCACAUUCCUUUCCAACCCACAGAGGAGAGAGGACAAUGGCGGACCAUGAUAUUACCUCGCCUCUCCUCCCAUCUCCGCCGUCUGAUCAUCUCCACUUGAUCUUAGACGUCCAAGACAACGACGACCGUCUUGAACAUCACCAUCACCAAGACCAACAGCCGUCAAACCGAACCGAUCAUUUGAGUCCCACCGAUCAGAAUUUCGCUCGCCAUGAUAACCAGUUGGAUUCUCGCAACCCGUAUGCGUUUCUUGGGUGUGACUGGUUCGAGGUGCCCCUGCAGCCGACCGUGAACCCCUUCCGGAACUAUACGAAGGAGAUCGAUGGGGUCUACGAGUGGCUCAAAAUUCUGAUUCUUUUUCCAGUUAUGAUUGUUCGACUCGUUCUUUUUGGAGCUUGUCUUGCUGUGGGAUAUUUGGCUACCAAGUUAGCUCUUGCGGGUUGGAAGGAUAGGCAGAAUCCUAUGCCCAAAUGGAGGUGCAGGAUUAUGUGGGUAACUAGGUUUUCGGCACGGUGUAUUCUCUUCACAUUUGGGUACCAUUGGAUUAAACGUAAGGGGAAGCCAGCUCCUAGGGAAACAGCUCCUAUAGUUGUAUCUAAUCAUGUAUCAUACAUUGACCCUAUUUUCUAUUUUUAUGAACUGUCUCCUACCAUUGUUGCAUCAGAGUCCCAUGAUUCUAUUCCUUUUGUUGGAACUAUCAUCAGAGCAAUGCAGGUCAUAUAUGUAAAUAGGUUCUCAUCGUCAUCAAGGAAGCAUGCUGUCAAUGAAAUAAAGAGAAAAGCCUCUUGCGAUAAAUUUCCUCGACUUCUUUUAUUUCCCGAGGGAACUACAACCAAUGGAAGAGUCAUUAUUUCUUUCCAGCUGGGGGCGUUCAUCCCUGGUCACACAAUUCAGCCAGUUAUUGUUCGUUAUCCCCAUGUACACUUUGAUCAAUCCUGGGGGCACAUUUCCUUGGCAAAGCUCAUGUUUAGGAUGUUUACACAGUUCCAUAAUUUUAUGGAGGUAGAGUACCUUCCAGUCAUUUCUCCACUUGAUCACGAAAAAGAAAGUGCUGUCAGUUUCUCUGGAAGGACAAGCCGGGCUAUGGCAACUGCAUUAAAUGUUGUACAGACAUGUCAUUCCUAUGGGGAUUUGAUGCUUUUAGUGAAAGCAUUCGAGUCGAAACAGGAGAAUCCCUCAGCUUACAUGGUUGAAAUGGCUAGAGUAGAAUUGUUACAUCAUAUAAAUAGUUUGGAAGCUGUAGAUUUUCUGGAUAAGUUUCUCGCCAUGAAUCCUGACCCCAGUGGUCGUGUUAACUAUCAUAACUUUGUGAAGGUUCUACGACUCGGUGCUUGUACAUUAUCCGAGGAGAUAUUUUCAUACAUUGAUGUUGAGAAAUGUGGAGGAAUAACAUUUAAGCAGUUCUUAUUUGGAUCAGCAAAUGUCUUGAACCAGCCAAUAUUCCGACAAGCUUGUGAAUUAGCCUUUGGUAGAUGUAUUGCUGCAGGAAAUGAUAGCAUUUCAGAGCAAGAGCUGGGAGAUUCCAUCAGAUUAGCAAUUCCAGAUUUGAAUGAGGAAAAGGUUCAUAAAAUGUUCGAUUUGUUCGACAGUGAUAAGGAUGGAAAGAUCAGCAAGGAUGAGUUUUUAACCUGCCUGAGAAAAAAUCCACUGCUGAUUGCAGUUUUCUCAUCUUGUUUGCUGCAGAAAGAUCUAUCACAAGAUAGCACAAGGUUACGAGAAGAGAUUGUUUAGCAGAGUAGCAUUUUCCAUGCUUUGUACCAUUUUGUUGUGCAAUUGUUUGGCAGAGAGAGAAGGGUGGGUUUUAUUGAUGUUAAAGAGCAUGUAUCAUAUUUAAUUAUUAAAAAGAAAAACAUGUACUGUGUUUGGUGGGUAGUAUUGUAGGGGCAUCAUAAUUUAUUUUUUUCUUCAUUUUUUGCCCUCAAAACGCUCACAAUACAAAGCUUUCAUCUGUACGCUCGUGGUUUGCUUGUAUUCAUUUUCACCCUAAUUCACAACGAUCUAUUUGGCGCGUAGUCGUCUCAUCCAAUGACAAAAUUAUACGAUGAAUCACAAAA